GGAGCAGCCGACGGCCCCCGGGCCCGCCAGGACGCCAAGGGCGCGGCCGCCAAGGGCGCGGCCGCCGAGGGCGCGGCCGCCGAGGGCAAGCCCCAGCCCGAGAAGCCGACGCUGUACAGCGGGGGGCCGAACAGGCUGCUCUGGUGCGUCGGCAGCGCCGGCAGCGCAGACCUGACGGCCCGCGCGGCGUCGGCGAUGCAGCGGUACGGCGGCACCCAGUUGACCCUUCGUAACUUCAAGAAGUGGGUCUUCCUGAUCAAGCGCCGUCCGGACGUCACCCCCUACGCCACCCUGGUGGUCGGGUGGCCGGAGGCGGAGGAUUGCGUUUGCGCCGUCGAGGACGACGGGCUCUACCAGCCGAGAACCUGGACCAGCCUGGCGCUCGGACAGGCUGGGGCGCGCGGCGCGCUGUCGACCGUCAUCGUAUUUGUGGCGGACGCCGACGAGAAGGCAAGAGCAGAAGACUUCAUCUCGUGGUGGGAGAGCAAUGCCGGCGAGCGCGCCGCGAAGCACGUGGAGAACGAUGAUCCGAAGAUUUUCGUCGCCUCCACGAUCGAGGAGCUGCAGCGCCUGCUGGCCGCCACCGCGGGCUCCCCGAGGGCGGCGGCCACCGCAGCCCCGCGCCGGGCGGCGAGGGGCAGAGGCCGGCUCCACGACGGCGCGCGCGAGCACGUCGGCGGCGGCGCCCCGGGCUUCCCAGAGGGCGUCGGAGCAGAGAUCCAGUCAGGGGCAAG